AAUAUUUCUGAAGACCUGAUUUAUUAAUUGAAAAAGUUCAAAAAUCAAAAAUAUUGUAAAAAGUCAGUUUUGCAUGAAUAACCCACUAUAAAUUACAUGGCAGCAUAAUGGGAGUGAUCCAAAAGAUUUGUGGCUUCACCUUUGGAGUUGGACUGUUUCUAGGAAGCUUUCUUGGAAUAGUUUUCCUUACCACCCCCUUUUUGCCCCUCAUGAUUUUGAAGCCAAAAUGGUACAGACAGAUCCUUGAUGAAAUGGUGGGAUCCUGGGAGGUAUUUGCAGCCGGAAUGUUGGAGUUGAUACUUGGGAUUAAAGUGGUAGUGACGGGAGAUGCUAUACGUCCUAAUGAACGCAGCCUCAUUGUGAUGAACCACAGAACGAGGCUCGAUUGGAUGUACUUGUGGUCCUGUCUUAUUCGCUAUGGGUCACUGAAAAAUGAGAAAAUCAUACUAAAGAGUCCACUUAAGCACAUCCCUGGAGCAGGUUGGGCAAUGCAAUGUGCUGCGUAUAUAUUCAUAAACAGGAAAUGGGAGACUGAUAAAACUAUACUGACUACAAUUCUCAAUUACUUCAGAGAUCUAGGACACAACACGAUGAUAUUAAUUUUUCCAGAGGGCACGGAUCUUACAGAAAGAACUAAAAAGAAAAGUGAUGAGUUUGCAGAGAAAAAUAACUGGGAGAAAUAUGAUCAUGUUCUUCACCCCAGAACUACAGGGUUUACAUUUCUUGCUGAAUUAAUGCGGAAAGAUGGAAUGCUUGAUGCCAUAUAUGACAUCACAGUCGGCUACCCAUACUCAUUCCCACAAAAUGAAACUGGGCUUUUCUUCGGGGAAAUUCCAAAGGAGGGUGUCAAGGGGGGGGGGGCUGCCAGAGGGGGAGGUGGAGUGGGGGCUGCCAGAGGGGGAGGUGGAGUGGGGAUGCCAGAGGGUGAGUAA